AUAAUAAUAAUAUAAUGGAGUGACACGCAGAUCUACUCCCGGUAAUUUUGGAAAGUGUUGCUCAUCGUGGUUCGUGCAGUGUAACUUGUCAAAUUGAACUGACCUCUGACACGCGAAAUGGGCCAAUCAAAUCCAUUGUAACAAAUAAUGUACAAUUUUCAAAAAAGGAAAGUUUUGUGGACUGAAACGAUUUUGGAGCACAAAACUCAAAAUAACUCAUAUAUUGUUGGAAUGAAACGGUAAUUAAUAGGCACACGAUGAAGAGCAUUACUGAAAUUCAGGAUAGGAGAAGUUUAGUGGCCUUGAUUAACCAGGAUUUGAAAGAAAAUGGCAUCAAAGUUCCCAAAGAUAAAAACAAAAAGAAUUCGUUGAAAUUGGAAAAGGCGCCAUCUAACUCUGUGUUUGGAGGCCAUCUGUGUAAUGUUCCAAAAACAUGUGUGCCAAACUGCGGAAAUGUUCCCAAGUUUCUGGUGUCUGCAGCUCAGUUGAUAGAAAACCAGGUUGACGUGGAGGGACUUUUUAGAAAAUCUGGCUCUGUGACAAGACAGAAGGAGCUCAAAGAGAAGCUAGAUAGAGGUGAGCUCUUGCCCCCAGGUGCUCACGUUUUCGAUGUCUCGAGUCUCGUUAAACAAUUCUACCGAGAUCUCCCGGACCCCCUGCUAACCAAACAUCUGCACGACACGUUCGUUAAAGUCUUCCAAAUUGUAGACCAAGAAAAUCGUCAAGAUUUGUUACUCAAACUAUGCCUUCUAUUGCCAAGUGACCACUUGAGUACACUAAGAUACACGAUGCAGUUUCUCGCAAAAGUCGCUCGGUCAUCAACGCAAAACAAAAUGGAUGUCGCAAAUUUGGCGGUUGUUUUAGCCCCAAAUAUAAUGCAUACUGGAAAUAAAAGUGAGAAAAUGAACUCAACCGAUCAUAAACUGAUCCAAAUCCAAACCGCAAUUGUAGAAUAUAUGAUCAACAUUGCCGAUCAGAUUGGAUGUGUGUCAAAGAGCUUGUGUGAAAGGACGGAGAUGUGGUUUGGGUCGACUUAUGAGUCUGAAGAUGAGCUAGAAAAAGGAGAUGAUACCCUGGAUGGGUCACGACGCAGUAAAAGUUGCGAUGAAUUGGAUAACUCAAGUCGGCAGGCAGAGAAGAAAAAGAAGAAAAAACGAAGAUCAAGCUCUAUACAAGGUAUGUUUGCGGCACAACUGAGCAAAUGGCGACGAAAGAGUGGAAACAACACGUCCUUGGCGGAGCAGAGCAUCAACAGCAACAUGAGCGUAACAUCUGGUGACGUGAGCGAUGGUGGCUUUAUCACAGUUGACAUCGACACUAGUGACCCCCCUAAGGUCCCCACUAUUGAAGCUACCCCCAAAGUGAUGAGAAAACGCAAAGCUGUUGAGGAUGUGGCAUUCUCGGCAACAAAAAAGAAAGCCAUAUUGGAUCAGAUGCCGACUAUGACUCCAUUGCAGAGACCUUUCACCCCUAUGAGAGCCAAAGCUUCAGGAAUGGACUCACCCAGUAUUAAUUUUACGAAAGAUCAAGGGUCAGUUAUGUUUACUGCAACCCCUAGUGAAGCCAGCAAAACCAUGUCCUGCUCUGUAAAAAGUAAAAGGCAUGUAUCAGGAAAAUCAAGCCACACGCCAUCUAUUAAAACCCCCAAGCGACGAGGUUUCCGUGGGUUGAUCCGUCGUCUAAGUGGCGGCAAAGCUUCCCCUGAGGAGCCAUCCCCUAUGAAUGGUAUUCUGACAUCACCAGUUACAGCGAAUAGACUAGCUGAUGAUUCCACAUUUCAAAGUCCACCAAUGGUUGUCAUAGAUGGAAAGAAGAAGAAAAGACACGCUAAACACCCAAGUUCCCCUGCUAGGCUUAUUGCUUCUCUUAAACCAUCUGCUACUCCUUCCCAUAAUGCAUCACAAUCCAGUAUGGCUGACAGUUCAUCUGCUUCUGCUUCCCAUAAUGCCCCUGAAACCAAUAUGGCUGCCAAGCAAUCCCCAGAGCCAUCUAUAUGUACACCCUCACACAAAGGAACAGCACCAUCUUCUACUGGUAUUACUCCAAUUGUCUCGUCCUUGGAGAUAUCUGAUAAAGAACUAGCCGCCAAGUUAAGCAGAGAUCUCCGCAAGAAGUCAAAUAAAAUGCUUAAUACCACAAUGAUGUUUGACAACACGUCUGAUACUACAUUUGAACGCAAUUCAAGAAUUGAUGAAGAAGAUUGUGGUUCAAAAACUCGAAGAAGAGCAAGAUCUCUCGAUGGCCGAAAUGCAAUUAAACGUGGUAAGCCUAACACUGUUGAUUCUGGGUUACCCUCUGAUCGUUAUAUUCCCUCUCCUGUUAGGAAGGCCAUGCCUACACCAAUCAGGCCCACAGAAGCAAACACCAGCAUUGAGUCUAUGGACAUUGAGAUGGUUCAGAGUGAGGCUGGCACAUGUGAAGCUAAUGAUACCCCAUCAACAGUAAUUGUUGGUAAACAAAGUGAGAAUAAGAUUGAAGAUGUCUAUGUUGCAGAUGAUGGUAAAGUCAAAGCAAUCCAGGACCAUUCUCACGAGACCUACCAGCAAUACAUCGAUGAUCAUCUCGCAGAUAAAGCCUCUAAGACAAAGAGGCCUGUAUCACCUAGCAAGAGUAUGGAUAGUAUAGACAGUGGAAUCAGUAUGAGCCAAUCGUGCGAUAACUUGGCCUUGGAUCGGCAAGAUAGCUCAGAGUCCAUCGGGAAACCUCUGAGCUCUUCUUCAGCUUGCACCCUCCCAAAUCAACGAAGCUUUCUCGAGAAAGAAUCAAUUAAUUUGAAAACCACUUCUAACUCUAGUUUGGAAAUAUCUGUUCAACAGGGCAAUACUUCGGAAUCUGAUACGAGUGUUAAUCAUUGCUUUGCUCCCCCACCCUCCCCGAAACCUCCAUUGAAGCAGCUUACUCCUCCUAUACAACCAAAAUUCCAGGAUGAGACACCCCCUCUAACUCAAACAGAGAUUCCCCAUCGUCCAAGUCUUAUAGAUCUCCAAUCUGCUGCCAAGGUAACUGCAAAUGUUGAAAAGUUCAGCGAUGAACCAAGCAACCAUGAUAUCUCAGAAAAACAUAACUCGCCAUAUCGUUUCCCACAAGCCACCAGUCGUACCCGUGGUAACGCAUCACCAAUUCGUAUACCUUCGAUUUUCGCGAAACAGGAUGGUGAAGCACAAAGAUUCCGAGAGAUGGCUAUGAAUGCAAUUAGGAAUCCAAAACCUGUCUCUAAGAUUCGAGCAAAUAUUCCUCUUUCUACAAAUCUUGUACAUAAUAAGGCUGUUCGUAAAGCAGUGAAAAAAGUUGAAUGUGGCAACUCGUUGCGUCUACAGGAACACGAGCAGAAGGAAAUGAGACGUCGAAACAGAUUAAUGAAUUCAAGUCUCGCUUCGUCAACUGGCAAUGAAAGUUUCAUAAGUGUGACAUCGCAAGAAAGUGGCCAUACUGUCUCAAAUUCUGAUUUCAGUGUGAACCCCUCUGAUAAACUUAUCUCUGUAAAUGAAAGCAAUAUUGAAAUAAGACAUGGACCCUUAGAAAAUGUACCUAGUGUCGAUAAUGUAGAUAGCCCAAAGCUUGCCUCUGACCCACAGAAUAAAUGCAGCACCCCUAAUGCAGAUCAAGAAAAUGGAGGUCAAACCUCAACCCCAGUCCAAGACACAAACUCCAGUUCAUUCCAUAGCCAUACCCCAAGCCCACAGUUCACUCCCAUCUCCAUAAAAUCAAAAUCGGUAAUCACACCAACAGACAACCCCACUGAUGCCAUAAAAGCCCCCCUGAAAGAUCACAAUGAGAUUCACGCCAAUCCUUCUCUUGAGUUACCCAAAUUGAAGCCCCAGAUUUUGACUGAUGAGGUUGCUUUGAACUUCAUGCUGCGUACACAGGGUGGACUCACCCCAAAGAACCCAAUGAGGAGGUCAACCAUGAAGGCACAGAAAAGCUACAGGUCUCCAGUGAAACCCGUCAAGAGGCUCGGGGGCUCCCCAAGCUCUCCCAGAACCAGGAAAUAUGGCUCAUCACCCGUUCGGCCAAAAACCAAACGAAAUGUAAAAGAUUUGAGCCCUCUCCCCGCUCAUAUGAAAGAAGACAUGUUCUAAAGGCAAGUUACCCCCAACCCACCCCACUUAUUUUAUAUUAUAAUGUAAGAUGUUUCCCUUGUUGAAAUGCUUGAAUAGUCAAAAGGGAGAGAUGUUUUUAUAUAUAUACACAAGGUUGGGUUACAAAAUGUCAUGUAUUCCCUUCCCCCAAAGUGCAACAUAGAUGGAAGCUGACAAUCGCGGAGUAUUAAUGAGUACAUAUCUCAUUUUGUAUGCAACAUUGAAUAAUUAUGGGACAAAACACUAUAUAAAAGAUGAACCCAUAUCCACCGAUUACCUUUCAUUCAACAUGGAUGACACUUUCGACAAAUGAUGUUUUAUAAAAUGAACACACAUCCCCCAGAUUCAUCAGAUAGUGUGAACCCUUAACUGAGAUAUAAAUGACUUUGUACAUAAAAUACUGUACAAAAUAA